AUGAGUGCAAUGUUACCUACUAUUGCACCACAUUUUACUGUUUCGUCUCCAUCGAGUGUUGCUUCAGCUAAUGGCACUACCAACGAAACGGUCGUCAUCCCUCGUCCAGAUUUGACGGACAAUACGGUCACUUCAGCUCCAAGUACCGUCGCACUGUCCACUAGUCAUCUUGCUACCAAUAUCAUGAGUCAACCACAGUCAUCAACUUUCACUCUUUCAGAUGCACCCGCAUCCAAAUUGGUUACUAUUAGGAAGAGGCUCCAAGACCUUGAUCAAAAAUUAGCACCAAAAAGUGUUAAAUUGACCGAUAUCGCUCGAAUUCACAAACAUUUAGCAGUCAUUCAUGAUCCAAAUUCCAAGAUUAAACAAUUAUAUGGGAAGUACUACGAUCUCUUAUGGUCAAUCUCAGCUAGUGAACGCUCCAAGGAGGAGAAGAAUGCACUUAAGCAAUUCGAGAUAGGGUCUUUACCUUCGUACAGGACUAUUGACUCCAGAAUUAGUUUCCGGAUGUGA